UUUUUGUAAUUUAAUUCUUCUAGAUACAUUUCUAAUAAAAAUGUCAUGGAAUAAUACUGCUAAAUUAAACCAAAAUACUCACAAAGAACGUCAUCAACCACAAUUUCGUAAUCAUUUAGGUUUUUUAGAAAAGAAACAAGAUUAUAUUAUAAGAGCAAAAGAUUAUAAUAAAAAAUACAAUGCUUUAAAAUUAUUAAAAAAAAGAGUUCUCAAUAAGAAUCCUGAUGAAUUCUAUUUUCAUAUGAUAAAUUCUAAAAAGGAAAAUAGUAUAACUUCUGUAAAUGAAGGAGAUGAAAAAUAUUCUGAUGAGCAAAUUAAAUUAAUUCAAACACAAGAUAUAAAAUAUGUUAAUUAUAAAUGUAUAUUGGAUACUAGAAAAAUUGAUAAUCUCCAUAAUAAUUUACAUAUAAUUGAUGCAGUAAAUAAAACUAAAAAUAAACAUAUUUUUUUUAUUGAUAAAAAUGAAUUAAGGAAUUUUAAUGUAAUUACAAAACUCAAUACACAUUCUACUUUAUUGAAUAGAAGAAUAAAUAGACCAAAGCUGGAUAAUUUAGAGAUAAUGAAAUUAUCUGAUUUUAAUGAUUACACACUUAAAAUAAUUGAACAACAAAAACAUAUGGCUUACAAAACAUUAUCUAAACGGGUAGAUCGUGAACAAAAAUUAAAUAUUGUACAACAAACAUUAGAAGUAAGAAAUGCUUUAAAAAAUACAAAAACAAGAAAACCAAAAAAAAUAUCUUCUGGAUCUAAAAAUUGUGCUCCAAUUUACAAAUGGAUAUUUGAAAGAAAAAAAUAAUUGCGUUAAUAUUUUAAAUUAAAUAUAAAUUGUAAUGUUGAAU